UCUACGCCCGAACUGCGAAGACUACAGUGGCUCUGUACCAUUACCUUUCCUCGUCAGACAUAUAAUCCUUAAGUCUCUGCAAAUCCGAAACAAUCUGGACAACGAUGGUGGGUGAAUCAGAGCCGUUGAUAUGAAUCUCGCACCCACUUCCCCCACUUCUUUGUCGUCCCUAUCAUCGGCCCACUCUUCUUCAUCUUCUUCUUCUUCUUCGUCUUCGACGUCGUCGUCGUCGACGACGUCGUGGCUCUCCGGCAUUGUGCGCGGCCGGACUGACCGGUCGGCGAGCGUCAAGAUGGCCAGCAACUCCGCAUCCGGCGGGGGUGGCGCUGACAGUACCGGUCCGGUCGUGCGGAAGAAUCAGUGGCGGGGUGUGCUCUUUAAGUACGGGCCCAAGCCCAUUCAGGUUGCAUUUAAAACGGGAGAUUAUAAGCAACAAGUAAUUUUUAUUGGUGGAUUAACUGAUGGUUUUCUGGCGACAGAAUACUUGGAACCUCUUGCAAUUGCAUUGGAUAAGGAGAAAUGGUCACUUGUUCAACUGCUUCUGUCAUCUUCAUAUAGUGGAUAUGGCACCUCAAGCUUGCAACAAGAUGCGAUGGAGCUCGAUCAGCUGAUCAGUCACUUAAUAAACAAAGAAGAUUCUGAAGGUGUGGUACUACUGGGGCAUAGUACUGGUUGUCAGGACAUUGUGUAUUAUAUGCGCACAAACGCUGCAUGCUCCAGAGCAGUCCGUGCUGCCGUUUUGCAGGCUCCAGUCAGUGACCGGGAAUAUAGAGCAACUCUUCCAGAAACAGCUGCUAUGAUUGACUUGGCUUCUACCAUGAUAAGCGAAGGCCGGGGGUCAGAAUUACUGCCAAGGGAAGCAGAUUCAACCUCCCCAAUUACUGCUUCCAGGUAUCACUCCCUUUGUGCAUAUAUGGGAGAUGAUGACUUGUUCAGUUCUGACCUUAGCGACGACCAGCUGAGAAUGAGACUUGGCCACAUGUCCAACACACCUUGCCAGGUUAUCUAUUCCAUGGGUGAUGAAUACGUGCCAGAGUAUGUAGACAAAAAAGCAUUGGUUGAAAGAUUGUGCAGAGCAAUGGGUGGCGCAGAGAAAGUUGAAAUAGAACAUGGGAAUCACUCCCUCUCUAACAGAAUCGGCGAAGCUGUCCAGGCCAUUAUUGAUUUUGUUAAAAGAGAUGGACCUAAAGGCUGGGAUGAUCCAUGGAACUAACGUGGUGCCUUUUAGUCCUCUUUUAUGAUUGCCAUUUUCUUCUUCUUCUUUCCACCCCCCUUUAUUCUCAUAUAUUUCUUCUUUAAGCUGAGGUCAGCUUUUUCAAUAUCUUUUUUUCUAUAUUAAAGGGUGAGGGAAUCUUAAUCUUAUUCUAUUUAAUGAAGGUAUGAUUUUAGUUUGCAUUAUUACUAGACUUCUUCAAGGGAGAGAACUUUGUGUUGGCAUUAAUUCAUCAGUAAAAAUUUUGCCUCUUGUCCACCA